AUGGCAGCAACCAGUACAGCAGCCAGCAAUCCUGAACCCUUUAAGUUGUGGAUUCAGUAUCAGGAAGCAAACCUAAAUAGGGUUCUCUUUACCAACCUGGGUUUAGCGUGCACAAGGAAGGCGCAAUUUCGAGUGAGCAUUGACGGAGUUAUGACGACGGCGACAUGCACCGCAAAUGGAGCAGAUCCAAAAGAUCGUUGCGCUGGAUGCUGUCAAUCAACUGCGCUGGCUGCUGGACUAACAGCAUUCAAAAUGCAAAUUCAGGUUGAUGGAGCUGGUUUUCCCUCUACUAAUGGACGCGAAUGCAUUUGCUGUUUCUAUAAUGCAUGUAGAUAUAAAUAG